AUGACGGCCAUCGAGAUUUGUCUUGGGACUGUAUCAUAUUUAGCUGAGCCCUCCCCACCCUUAAACCUUCAACUGACGUCCCACAGCACAAGUAUCACGCCUCACAACCUGUGUUUCACGUCACACAACCCGUGUCUCAUGUCACACAACCUGUGUCUCACGUCACACAACCCGUGUCUCACGUCACACAACCUGUGUCUCAUGUCACACAACCUGUGUCUCACGUCACAGAACCCGUGUCUCACGUCACAUAACCCGUGUCUCACGUUUCACAACCUGUGUCUCACGCAUCACAACCCGUUUCUCACGUCUCACAACCUGUGUCUCACGUCCCACAACCCGUGUCUCAUGUCACACAACCUGUGUCUCACGUCACACAACCCGUGUCUCACGUCUCACAACCCGUGUCUCACGUCUCACAACCUGUGUCUCACGUCUCACAACCGGUGUCUCACGUCUCACAACCCGUGUCUCAUGUCUCACAACCCGUGUCUCACGUCUCACAACCGGUGUCUCACGUCUCACAACCCGUGUUUCACGUCACACAAACCGUGUCUCAUGUCACACAACCUGUGUCUCAAGUCACACAACCCGUGUCUCAUGUCACACAACCUGUGUCUCACUUCACACAACCCGUGUCUCACGUCACAUAACCUGUGUCUCACAUCACAUAACCUGUGUCUCACGUCACAUAACCUGUCUCACGUCCCACAACCUGUGUCUCACGUUUCACAACCCGUGUCUCACGUCUCACAACCUGUGUCUCACGUCUCACAACCCGUGUCUCAUGUCACACAACCGGUGCCUCACGUCACACAACCUGUGUCUCACGUCUCACAACCCGUAAACCUUCAAUUGACGUCCCACAGCACAAGUAUCACGCCUCACAACCUGUGUUUCACGCCACACAACCUGUGUCUCACGUCACAUAACCCGUGUCUCACGUUUCACAACCUGUGUCUCACGCAUCACAACCCGUAUCUCACGUCUCACAACCUGUGUCUCACGUGCCACAACCCGUGUCUCAUGUCACACAACCUGUGUCUCACGUCACACAACCCGUGUCUCACGUCUCACAACCCGUGUCUCACGUCUCACAACCUGUGUCUCACGUCUCACAACCCGUGUCUCACGUCACACAACCCGUGUCUCACGUCUCACAACCCGUGUCUCACGUCUCACAACCUGUGUCUCACGUCUCACAACCUGUGUCUCACGUCACACAACCCGUGUCUCACGUCACACAACCUGUGUCUCACGUCUCACAACCUGUGUCUCACGUCUCACAACCGGUGUCUCACGUCUCACAACCCGUGUUUCACGUCACACAACCUGUGUCUCAUGUCACACAACCUGUGUCUCACGUCACACAACCCGUGUCUCAUGUCACACAACCUGUGUCUCACUUCACACAACCCGUGUCUCACAUCACAUAACCUGUGUCUCACGUCACAUAACCUGUGUCUCACGUCACAUAACGUGUCUCACGUCCCACAACCCGUGUCUCACGUUUCACAACCCGUGUCUCACGUCUCACAACCUGUGUCUCACGUCUCACAACCCGUGUCUCAUGUCACACAACCGGUGUCUCGCGUCACACAACCCGUGUCUCACGUCUCACAACCUGUGUCUCACGUCUCACAACCUGUGUCUCACGUCACAGAACCCGUGUCUCACGUCACAUAA